ACCACUAGGAGACAAGUAUUGAUGCCUCCAUGACAACAAAGCAUAGCGGAAUACAAGUCCACACAGUCAUCUACACAGUGACUUUGGGUAUGGUAGAUACUGGCAUGUCACAGACGAUGUCGUUGUUUAAGACAACGUUGCUCAUGACGCUGAUCCACAUAACCAGCACAGCAACUUCAGGAAAUAUUCUUGGCGGCAAACCAUCAACUGAUUCACAAGGAAAUGAUGACGAUGCAGGCACAUGUAUGUUUACUGAUGCACAACCAACACCUUACUGGCAGGUGGACCUCCAGGAUUCCUACGACGUCCACAACAUCACCUUGAGAACAUGCGGGGGAUCAUGGGGAUGGAAAACCAGGUCAGUUCAGAUCUGGACCUACUUCAGCAACCCUGACCAGUGUCCAGGUGCUGUCGGCUUUCUCUAUGGAACAACACCAGCAGGCACGGGAGAAUCCGAGACUCACGUGUUCCACGCCACACCUACAUACCCAGUUCGGUACAUUCGACUUGUUGCCACAACACAGCCAGACCUUGGUUUGGAGGAAGCGUUGGCCAUGGGGACUCCCACAACAGGUGUACAGGUACCCCUGUGUUCAGUCUCCAGGUUUUCAGCAACUCCAGGGAAGAAGGUACAAACUGCUUUGGCCUCCAAAACUACUCAGUCAGCCACUGAUUGCGCGGUCAGAUGUCACAUGACUCGGACCUGCCUCGCUUUCAGCUUCAAUCCUUCUUUGACAGAAGACAACUGUUUCCUCGCCCACUGCCCAAGUACAACCGACGAGACUGGUUGGACUGCCUGGAUUUUGAAUCCGGUGUCUAAUACAUAGCUGAACUGUAGAAGCAAGAUGGCUGACUUUGUGAAGUUGUCAAUGAUGUAAAUGAGUGAGUGAGUGAGUUUAGUUUUACGCCGC